AAUUGAUUUAUUAAGUGCUUUUAACUCCAGACGUUUUCACAAAGAAGCUAAACACAAAUUCAGACACCUAAGGAAGCACUCCCUGUCUUGAAAGAUAUAUGUUUGAUUGUUUGUUUGGUACAUUGUUUUUAAUGGGGGUAUCAAAUCAGUUUUGCCUUCACCUAGUCAUUAUAAGUUAAAGACGUGGGUAGGGGAACUAGUUCUAGAUCAGUACGGGAAGAAAUCUCUCAUCAGGGCGUGUAACAGAUGACACAGGUAGGGGAGGUCACAGUCUACAUGUGCUUGGAAUAUAAAUGGAAGUCUAGUACAUUUAGAGACACAGGACAUCAGGAGACAGAAAACUACCUGAAACCAGAAGAGACACACGAUCAUGGAGAUUAAUUUGUGGAAAGUUGUGUGUGUUGUAUGUGCUCUACUCCUUAACGCUACAGGCUCACACGCCCAGCUGGCUGUGUGUGGUCGGCCUCCACUGAACACCAAGAUUGUGGGUGGUGAAGAUGCUGCUCCUGGGUCCUGGCCUUGGCAGGUCAGCAUUCAGUCAGGAGGCAGCCAUUUCUGUGGUGGCAGCCUGAUCAAUGAGAACUGGGUCUUAUCGGCUGCUCACUGUUUCCCAAGCAUUACUGCACCUGAAAUCACAAUCUAUCUAGGAAUGGAAAGUCUGGAGGGGACUAACCCUAAUAUGCAGAAAACAGGCACUAGUAGCAUUAUUAAUCACCAAGAGUAUAACUCUGAGACCAAUGACAAUGAUAUUGCACUAGUCCAGCUCUCCUCUUCAGUUAAUUUCACCAAUUAUGUCAUGCCAGUGUGCCUCGCAGCAAGCAACAGUUCUUUUCCUGGUGGUACUAAUGUCUGGGUCACAGGAUGGGGUAAAAUUGCAUCCAGCGUUAAUCUGCCGUCCCCUAAAACCCUGCAGGAGGUGCAGGUGCCGAUUGUCAGUAACAGUGACUGUGCAAAAGCAUAUGGAUCUGGUUCUAUCACAGACAAUAUGAUGUGUGCUGGCUUAACUCAAGGAGGAAAAGACUCAUGCCAGGGUGAUUCUGGAGGUCCACUGGUGGUCAACAUCAAUGGAACAUGGGUUCAGGCUGGGAUUGUGAGCUUUGGCAAUGGCUGCGCUUUACCUAAGAUUCCUGGUGUGUACACCAGAGUGUCUCAGUACCAAGACUGGAUUAACAGCAAGAUCAGCAACAAUCAACCUGCAUUUGUUACAUCAAAAAGCAAUCGUGACUCCCCCAGCCUCUUCUAUCUGUUCCUUUCUUUCUCCGUAAUCCCCAUCCUCCCCUCCCUCUCUAUAUUCUAUAAGACAACAAAAAGUGUCUUAGUAAAUUAUUGGGCCGCCAAGAGCCAUGAGAGCAACUUCAAUGCACCUUGGCAAAGAUACUACAAGUUACUGGACUGUACUGGAUGGAAGAAGAUCAUUCUUUCCUCUGUUAGAGUGUUAAUCAUUGUGGUGGAGGGCUCACAUGCCCAGCUGCCUGUGUGUGGUCGGCCUCCACUGAACACCAAGAUUGUGGGUGGUGAAGAUGCUGCUCCCGGGUCCUGGCCUUGGCAGGUCAGCAUUCAGUCAGGAGGCAGCCAUUUCUGUGGUGGCAGCCUGAUCAAUGAGAACUGGGUCUUAUCGGCUGCUCACUGUUUCCCAAGCAUUGGUGCAGCUUCUAUCAGAAUCUUACUAGGAAUGGGAAAUUUGGAGGGGACUAACCCUAAUAUGCAGGAAACAAGUGCUAGCAAGAUUAUCAUCCACCAAGACUAUAACUCUGACAACAGUAAUGACAAUGAUAUUGCACUAGUCCAGCUCUCCUCUUCAGUGAUGUUCAAUGAUUAUGUCAUGCCAGUGUGCCUCGCAGCAAGCAACAGUUCUUUUCCUGUUGGUACUAAUGUCUGGGUUACAGGAUAUGGUAAAAUCGGUUACAAUGUUAAUCUGCCGUCCCCUAAAACCCUGCAGGAGGUGCAGGUGCCGAUUGUCAGUAACAGUGACUGUGCAAAAGUAUAUAGACCUGGUUCUAUCACAGACAAUAUGAUGUGUGCUGGCUUAGCUGAGGGAGGAAAAGACUCAUGCCAGGGUGAUUCUGGAGGUCCACUGGUGGUCAACAUCAAUGGAACAUGGGUUCAGGCUGGGAUUGUGAGCUUUGGCAGUGGCUGCGCUUUACCUAAGAUCCCUGGUGUGUACACCAGAGUGUCUCAGUACCAAGACUGGAUUAACAGCAAGAUCAGCAACAAUCAACCUGCAUUUGUUACAUCAAAAAGCAACCGUGACUCCCCCAGCCUCUUCUAUCUGUUCCUUUCUUUCUCCUGUGUUGGCGGUUUAUAUGAAUGCGGCUCACAUGCCCAGCUGGCUGUGUGUGGUCGGCCUCCACUGAACACCAAGAUUGUGGGUGGUGAAGAUGCUGCUCCUGGGUCCUGGCCUUGGCAGGUCAGCAUUCAGUCAGGAGGCAGCCAUUUCUGUGGUGGCAGCCUGAUCAAUGAGAACUGGGUCUUAUCGGCUGCUCACUGUUUCCCAAGCAUUACUGCACCUGAAAUCACAAUCUAUCUAGGAAUGGAAAGUCUGGAGGGGACUAACCCUAAUAUGCAGAAAACAGGCACUAGUAGCAUUAUUAAUCACCAAGAGUAUAACUCUGAGACCAAUGACAAUGAUAUUGCACUAGUCCAGCUCUCCUCUUCAGUUAAUUUCACCAAUUAUGUCAUGCCAGUGUGCCUCGCAGCAAGCAACAGUUCUUUUCCUGGUGGUACUAAUGUCUGGGUCACAGGAUGGGGUAAAAUUGCAUCCAGCGUUAAUCUGCCGUCCCCUAAAACCCUGCAGGAGGUGCAGGUGCCGAUUGUCAGUAACAGUGACUGUGCAAAAGCAUAUGGAUCUGGUUCUAUCACAGACAAUAUGAUGUGUGCUGGCUUAACUCAAGGAGGAAAAGACUCAUGCCAGGGUGAUUCUGGAGGUCCACUGGUGGUCAACAUCAAUGGAACAUGGGUUCAGGCUGGGAUUGUGAGCUUUGGCAAUGGCUGCGCUUUACCUAAGAUUCCUGGUGUGUACACCAGAGUGUCUCAGUACCAAGACUGGAUUAACAGCAAGAUCAGCAACAAUCAACCUGCAUUUGUUACAUCAAAAAGCAAUCGUGACUCCCCCAGCCUCUUCUAUCUGUUCCUUUCUUUCUCCGUAAUCCCCAUCCUCCCCUCCCUCUCUAUAUUCUAGUGAUGAUAGAUUAUACACACAAGCACAAAUGAAAGGAGUAAGCUAACAUCACAGUAUUUUAUCUAUGUCUUGCAGAAAAUCCAUACUUAGCAUUUAGCUAAAACCUAAAACUUUAGUUUAAAGAUCCACAAACAAAAGGAGAGAGCUAACAUUACUGUAUUCUAGCUAUUUUAUCUGUCAUACAGUACAUAAAGAAGAAUACUUAGCUUUUAUCUGUAGCUUUUACUUACCUUAUGUACUUACCUCGAGUACCUUUUUUUUGGUAUAGUCUAUAGAGAGAAAGCCGAGUUGGCUAUCUGCAGAAUGUUGCUCCAGUCUGUUCUCUUGUACCCCCUGUCCAUGUUGCAAGACUAUAUGUACCUGAAAGUCUUUGUGACAAAUUAAAAGUAAGACAACAAAAAGUGUCUUAGUAAAUUAUUGGGCCGCCAAGAGCCAUGAGAGCAACUUCAAUGCACCUUGGCAAAGAUACUACAAGUUACUGGACUGUACUGGAUGGAAGAAGAUCAUUCUUUCCUCUGUUAGAGUGUUAAUCAUUGUGGUGGAGGGUGCUGUCUAAUUUGUCACUUGUA